GCCGAGGAGGUCGUACUUACAAAGAAGUUUACAGGGGAAAAAGGUGGUCCCACAAAAAAAACAGUUUUAUGAAGCAAACUACCGAGCACUUCAAUCUGCUGUUUUGCCACCGCCUUUACCCGCGAAAUAAAGCCAUAAACUUGUUUCAAUUUACUCCGAAUGUUAUCAGAGACAGCAUACUGCUCAAUCGUCUAUGUUUAUUAUCAACUGGAUUCAACUUUGAAAAAUCCGAACCAAAAAAAUGGAGAGAACAGCUGAGUCCUGUUGUGGAGUCUUGCUGUCGUGUGUAGCUAGCUAGCUAACUUGGAUAUAGCUACGAAUUGCCCCAUUUUCAUCAGUCCACUUCUGUGUGGAGAAGCUAUUUUCUGAGUGGCCUGCCACACUGAUUGCCAUUGAUAAAGUUGGUUCAGUGGGCCACUGCAGAAUUUUGUCAAGAGCAUUGGCUGUCUGCUGUGUCUUGAUGCUCUUCAGUGCCUGGUUGUUACAUGGGCGAUGAGGAUGUCCUGCUGGUCAGGAUUGUGAUGUGAUGGGGUGCAGGACGAGCAAGGUCCUCCCUGAGCCACCUGGAGAUGUCCAGCUAGACUUGGUCAAAAAGGUGGAGCCUCCUAAGACCGACAUCUACAAACAUUUCAUCCGAGACGACGGCAGUGGGAGUAAAAUGGGAGGGGAGAAAACAGGCUCUCUCUCUCCACAAGCCCAGGCAGCUUUCCCAGCUACCCAGGCAUCCCCGGGUACAGGCCAACCAGAGGCCUCAGACCCACGCAGAAACAAGGUAGCCAAGUACAGAGCCAAGUUUGACCCACGGGUCACAGCCAAAUAUGACAUUAAGGCCCUGAUAGGUCGCGGUAGCUUCAGUCGGGUGGUGCGAGUGGAGCACAAGAGCACGCGUCAGCCCUACGCUAUCAAGAUGAUCGAGACGCGUUAUAGAGAGGGACGUGAGGUAUGCGAGUCAGAGCUGUGUGUCCUGCGUCGUGUACGCCACACUAACAUCAUCCAGCUGAUGGAGGUGUUUGAGACAGCUGAGAGAGUGUACAUGGUGAUGGAGCUGGCUACAGGAGGAGAGCUUUUUGACCGUAUCAUCGCCCGUGGCUCUUUCACAGAGCGUGAUGCUACACGUGUCCUACAGAUGGUACUGGACGGGGUCAAGUAUCUACAUACACUUGGCAUCACCCACCGUGACCUCAAGCCUGAGAACCUGCUCUACUAUCACCCUGGGGCGGACUCAAAAAUUAUGAUCACUGACUUUGGGCUGGCCAGCACUCGUAAAAAGGGGGAUGAGUGCUUGAUGAAGACCACUUGUGGGACACCAGAGUACAUUGCCCCAGAGAUCCUGGUACGGAAGCCAUACACUAAUGCUGUAGACAUGUGGGCUCUGGGUGUCAUUUCCUACAUUCUGCUGAGUGGAACCAUGCCCUUUGAGGAUGACAACCGCAUGCGACUCUACCGCCAGAUCCUCAAAGGGAAGUACAGCUUCUCUGGGGAGCCAUGGCCCAGUGUGUCCAACCUGGCGAAGGACUUCAUUGACCGUGUGCUGACAGUGGACCCCAGCGAGAGGUUGACUGCAGGCCAGGCUCUGAAGCACCCCUGGGUCGUCAGCAUGGCUGCUUCAUCCUCCAUGAAGAACCUGCAGCGCUCUAUCUCCCAGAACCUCCUGAAGAGGGCCUCGUCACGCUGCCACAGCACCAAGUCUGCCCAGUCCACACGCUCCAGCCGCUCCACCAAGUCCAACAAGGCUCGCCGUGCUCGGGAGAAAGAGCUGCGUGAGCUCAACCGCCGCUACCAACAACAAUAAAAUGGCUGAGUAAUAGUUACAUGGGCUGUAAUUUUGACAAACUCGUAAUGUUGCAGGUCUCAUUGAGACCACAAGCAGGGACUUAUCAGCAGCGGCCUAGAACAGCACUUCAGCUCAGCAAUAACUUCAACAUCCAUCCUAGGCCAUUGUGCCACUGAGGCAGUAAACAAAACAUCCUCAGAUUUCACUAUUUUUCCUAGAUUCCUAUUUCCUCAAGUUUCUUUCCUGUCCUUGUGUGUCUCCUCAUAUUUAUUUAUUGUUGUCAUGAUUAUAUUGUUUCCGUAGAAAUGGUCACUUGAAGCUGUCCAUCUAAACGGAUCUGUUGAACAGAAUUCAAGGUAAUGAAGGUUUAGGAAGGGAUGUUGAAAUGCUUUUCCAACACUGAUUCCUGAUUAUUUGCUGUGAAUUUAUUAUGUUACAAGAACAGUGAGUUACUUGGUUUGGUGGAGAUCUAUAUCUGAUUAUAUCUUGAUUUGGACAAAAAAUACAUGAUACUUUGUGUUAAAACACAAGUAUGUCAAUGAAGGCCAAAAUAAACAUUGAUUUAUUUAAUUUUGGUUUAGAAGUCGUAUAUCCAAUCUUAUUGUAUCCCGACCAGUUGCUUUCAUGGAUUGCAAAUUAAGUCUCUUCCUUGCCAGGAUUCAGUUUUUACAACCUGUCCAUUCAUGAUUUUUUCCCCAAUUCGUUCUGGGAUUCUUUUUUAACUGUGAGCUUGAAAGGCUGAGGGAGGUUGACUGGAAACUAAAUAAGGACGGAUGAUCCAGCGCUUUUGCAUCUGUCGUCGUGAGGAUUGAUUAGGCUGAAACCUAGUCCUGUCUCUGCACUCUCCUGCUCCUGCUGUCUGAGAUGGACAGCAUUGUUGUAAUGAAGUAUACACGUCAAGUGAUGUGUAAUUUAACAAACUGAUGGAGAAUGGAUCAAAUAAAUGUCUAACUGAUGGAGAAUAGUCCAAUGGUUGAAAGCUCAGUAUUCAUUUAAUUUGUUGUAUCAAAUAUUUCUUUCCAAUUUGUUCUGAGUAAUGCAGACAUCUCAUGUUUGUACUGUAUUUUUUAUUUUUUCAAAAUAUUUUUAUUGAACAAACCGUGUAGUUUGACAACAACUAAAUUUGUGCUGUGGUGGAUGCUUUGCCAGUCGUAAAGCCCACAGACGGCUGUUGGGAGGAGAGACCAAUUCAAAUCUGACCUUUCUGCACUAUUGUCAAGUCUUAAUCAAGAAAAAUGACCAUAAAAUGAUAGGAUUGAAAAUAAAUCUUAUAACUAUUGCUUUAGUCUUUUAAAUGGAACUCUUCAAUGUUUCAGAGAUUUUAUUAUUUUGGGUGUACCUUGUUAUAGCCUGUGAAUGCACAUAUUUAAGUGGUGGUUCAAGGGACUGAUCUCAUUUAACCCACAGUACCAUUUUGAGGGGUCAUCCAAUAGUGUUUUGAAGGGAUUAAACAAAAUACUUAUACCUCUGUUUUUUGUUGACAGGCUUAAUUGUAGGUUUUGUAUAUUAAUUACACAUGCUCUUGUUAGUUAGCUCCUUUUGUAGUAAUCUUUUUGUACUCCCCAACCAAGACACCCAUAGUAAGUGAUCCGUUUGAUUUUGUCAUAUAGACUAUGUAUUUUUGAGCAAUUUCCUGGUGAGAAGCGCUGGUAUUUUAAAGUGAAUUUUUCAAAGAUACUGGAAAUCCAACAGAGCCGUAUCAGCUUACCUCAAUCUCUCAUUUGGUAAUUCUAUAAUGUUACAUUAUUUUCCAUCUUCACUCAAUCGGUCCUACUGCUGUUAUUGUUUUU